AUGGCUUCCCAACUUCUUCCCUUAGAACUCAUCGACAAAUGUGUCGGGUCUCGCAUUUGGGUUAUCAUGAAGGGUGACAAGGAGUUUGCCGGCACUCUGGUAGGAUUCGAUGACUACGUCAACAUGGUCUUGGAAGAUGUGACCGAGUUCGAUUACUCUGGCAACCACACCAAGUUGAAGAAGAUUCUGUUGAAUGGGAAUAAUAUCUGCAUGUUGAUUCCCGGUGGUGAAGGACCUACAGGCGCAGCUUCAUGAACGAGAAUUCUUGAACGUAACCUUGGGGUUUCACCUUGGUUCUAGAAAUCGGGUUAAAAUUGGCUCUAACCUUGGUCUACCCCUUCGUCGUCAGCCUCAAGGACCAUUCAUCGGCCGAUGGCCGAAUAGCAUGGCUAUCUCUCUCAGAGGAGGUGGAACCGGAAUGCCAGUAGAAGCUCGAGCCAUAAGGGAAUGUGGCAUCGAGACAUGGCCCAUGAAUGAGGAUACCAAACAGUCUUAAUCGGACGCCACUCAAGACGGUUAACAGAAAUAGUGCGAAACCACCGGGUUUAUUCGUCUAUUGACAGACACUCAGCAGCCGCGUAUCUCAGAUGUAUGUCCGGCAAAGGAGUAGAACUCAAAAGGAUCCGCCGAACCGUAGUAAGGACGUAGAC